AGCUUGGCUUUCGUGCUACCCGGCCCGCUCUCGCGAGCCCCGGGCCCGCCGCGCGCUCUCUUUCAGGACUUCUAGAUUCGCUUGGCGUUUCCCGCCCCGCCCCGCCCCACGCGCGGGCUCGCGCUCAGGUUUGCGCACGGCCUCCGGCCCGCGGCAUCAGGCCCUCGGCUUCCUCGUCCGGCCGGCAGCCCGCUGCUUAAACACCAUGCUCUUCUAUUCCUUCUUCAAGUCCCUUGUGGGCAAGGAUGUGGUGGUGGAACUCAAGAAUGACCUGAGCAUCUGUGGAACCCUCCAUUCUGUGGAUCAGUAUCUCAACAUCAAAUUAACUGACAUCAGUGUCACAGACCCUGAGAAAUACCCUCACAUGUUAUCAGUGAAGAACUGCUUCAUUCGGGGCUCAGUGGUCCGCUAUGUGCAGUUGCCAGCAGAUGAGGUGGACACACAGUUACUACAGGAUGCAGCAAGAAAGGAGGCCCUGCAGCAAAAACAGUGAUGUUCCUUCUCUCCUCUCCUCUUCCGCUGGUGAUCCUUGACCUGGUGUCCCAGCCCAGAACCUCUCCAUGCAUACUUGAAAUGCUGUGUUUUCAGUUUUAUAAUAGCGAAGGCCCUUUUCUUUCUUUCUUUUUUUUUAAGGGAUGAGUAGAUCAGAGGACUAGUUUAGUGGGGAGCAGCUAUCCUCAGAAGGGGAAGAUAAGUUGUCUGGGGUAUGCAAAGUGUACCUUGUUCCCAGUACCUGCCUUUCUUACUCUUUUUCCAGAGGUGGUAAGAGAAUCUCCUAGAUCUCUCCAGGGCAGCAUGUGAUUUUGGGGGAUGGAAGGAAUCUGUCCCGCAUCGGGAAUAAAAUUUUAUAAUGCAGAUUUCUGGUUCUAUGUGUU